AUGGUGCUCGUGUCGACUGGAAGUGGUCCGAUACCUACGGCAGAAGCAAAAACCGCCUCGGGAGUUUUUGACUUUCUUUCUAGUCAUGUAUCCAUGUUCGGGGAGACGUCAGAGAUAUUGUCCGACAUUAUGGCAGCCUAUUCGGUUACAAUGCAAGCGCAAGCUCAGGAAUGUGUGUUCUUCAAAGCUGAAUCAGGACCCAUUCCAGCAGAGAUGGUGGCUAAGAUCGCAUCAAAGGCACGUGAGUUUUAUGAAGAGGCUCUAAAACGAUGUUCCGUUUCAAGUUGCAAACACGGAAUACCAAAGUUGGCCUACGAUUUAAUGAAACAACUAGCGUCGCGUUACGGCAGUGCCUUCUCACGUCGAUCCAUGGUGGAACAAAUCAAACCCAAAGAUCUCACCCAAGUUCCGUCUGACGGUGGUAUUGGAAAGAUUGAACUGAAAAUGCCAAUUCUGGGCACCGAAGUCAAAGAUAUAUUCACCGAUCUAGUCCCACUUGGAUUUCUGGAGGCGAAAAACCAAGCGGAUGCAUUGACUCGUUCAUUGGUGGCCAUGGAAAUACAACGAUUGCGUGAGGCUACAAAUGCAUUGAAUGCCCAAGUUGCCUACUUGGUCUAUUUUCAAUUAGUUCGGCGUGUUUGCGAUUUGGAAUUCUAG